AUCGGGGCUCUCGCUCUUCCUCUUGCAUCAUCUCGACGCCUUCAUCUGUCCAUUCGAACAUCCCUUCCCACCCUGCACUCAGCAGGAUGAUGCGUCGUGGUCACUGUUCCUAGUUUCCGCUUUGUUUUCUGACAGUACGAGUCUGAAACCUUCUGCUGGAUGUCUUUGUGGAUCUUGCUGCCCAGGCAGAGGUUCCAUUACGCUCUCCUUCCAGUCCAAUAUGCCGGCCACUACCAUGGCCCCCCGAAUUCUGGCUCCCAGCUCGGCCAGGUUCGCCACCCAAUUUUCAUACGAAUGAUCUCUAAGCUCGCAGUGGCGAACCAACUCAAUUUUGUUGCGCCAAUCCACAUUUCCUGUCCCUCUUUAGCUACGGUGUGUCGCAGACAUAUAUCCAGUCGUGUUACCACACAUCCCUGUCGAUCGUCUAGGCCCGUGACGGCAUCCGCUCAAACCUUCGUCUCCCCAAGGUUACUUCCAGCAGUCUCACGCGCUGCCUCCAACGACACCCUUCCCACAAUGGCAGAUGAUGAAGUCAUGCGAAAUGGGGUAGAUGGUAGUCCCAACAAUGAGGUACAAAAUGCCGAUCCUAAAGGUACUCUGGAUGCCAGUGACUUAGGAAAAGGUUCACCCAUGGAUCCAGAGUCAGACGAAGAUGUACCAGUUGAGGCCGAGGAGCUUCAGGACGCUCUCACACGGGCGCCGCCGGUCAACAGCAGCUACCUACCCCUCCCUUGGAAGGGACGACUAGGUUAUGCAUGUUUGAAUACGUAUCUACGAUAUGCGACCCCGCCCGUUUUCUGCUCCCGGACUUGCCGCAUUGCCUCCAUCCUGGAAAACAGACAUCCACUCUCGGAUCCUUCGCAGGCCCCUCAUCCGACCAAGAACCGUCCGGAUCGUGAUCAGCCCGCUGAUGUCGCACGCGGUCAGGCAUAUGUUGAGGCUAUAGGCCUCACCAAUGCUCGCGAUCUCGUCAAAAUGCUGCGCUGGAAUGACCGCUACGGAAUCAAGUUCAUGCGAUUGAGCAGCGAGAUGUUUCCAUUUGCGAGCCACAAGGAGUACGGCUACAAGUUGGCUCCCUUUGCCUCUGAAGUACUGGCAGAAGCUGGUCGUGUCGUUGCCGAGCUCGGUCAUCGCGUGAGCGUUCAUCCCGGUCAAUUCACGCAAUUGGGCUCUCCUAAAGACGAAGUAGUGGAAAGCUCCAUUCGAGAUCUGGAAUACCACUCGGAAAUGCUCCAGUUGCUCCAGCUGCCACCUCAACAGGAUAGGGAUGCUGUUAUGAUUCUGCACAUGGGCGGCGUCUUUGGUGACAAAGAAGCCACUCUUGACCGGUUUAGAGAGAAUUAUCGAGGCCUAUCGCAGGACAUCAAAAAUCGGCUUGUUUUGGAGAACGACGAUGUCAGCUGGUCGGUCCACGACCUCCUGCCCAUUUGUGAAGAACUGAACAUACCCCUGGUACUCGACUUUCACCACCACAAUAUCAUCUUUGAUUCGAGCCAGCUCCGCGAGGGCACGCUGGACAUCAUGUCCUUGUUUGAUCGGAUCAAGGCGACAUGGACCCGGAAGGGCAUCACGCAGAAGAUGCACUAUUCUGAGCCAGAACCAUCUGCCAUCACGAACCGCCAACGUCGGAAGCAUAGCCCCCGGGUCUCCACUCUUCCACCGUGCGAUCCCACCAUGGAUCUGAUGAUCGAGGCCAAGGACAAGGAGCAAGCUGUUUUCGAAUUGAUGCGGACAUUUAAGCUGCCGGGUCACGAACUUGUCAACGAUAUCAUUCCUCACGUGCGUAAUGACGAAAACAGGCCACAUAAGCCGCCGAGGAAGACCAAGAAGAACGGGGGCUUUGUGGAUCUGGAGGGACUGGUCCCACCUCCUCAGACUGUCCCUGAAGAAGAAGUGGGCAUGGGUGGUCCGGAGGGACGGGUCUACUGGCCUCCUGGCAUGGAGGAAUGGCUUCGACCGAAGAAGAUUGUUCGCACCAAAGCCAUCCAGAGCCCUCGCCGCACUCCUGCCACAAAGAAAGUCGCGGUCGAAAAUGGCGAUUCUGUACCACAGGAAGAACCGGAUGGAAGCGCGCUAGCUACGCCGGUGUCAAAGAAGAAGACGCCUAAUGUGAAGAAACCGGUCUCCAGGAAGCGGAAAGCUUCUCCGGCGACUACACCGUCAGCUUCAGAUGAAGAAGCACCCGAAAUCCCUGAGAGGCCGGCUCUUAAGCGAUCCCAGAGCAGUGGUGUUCGUCGAAGCCGACGAGCAAAGAAGGUGGACUACGCCGAAGAUGAAGACUCGGUCUGAUCAAAGAAAGUACCAUAGCUCUUGGCUACAACUGCGCAUUUCUGUGGGUACAUUGGUCAAUUCUCCUCGGCGACUGAUCGUCCUAUUCCAGCUCUGCUUUCUGAGACAGCGCAUGCAAUAGCAGAGCACUUCGACUGCCUCAGGUAGACCUCAGUAUGGUCCUUGCAUAUGACGGCUUUCUGCCAGUGCUGGUUGGCUUAGACAGCCGUCGACACAGCUCGGUGACAUAUGCUCAUAUAUAAUACCUCUGUCGAUAGACUAGUUGUAUGUACACCUUGGGAUAUAUAGAUAGAUGGGCUUUGGAAUACUGCAUGUUAGCUGGGAUUGCCUACUAUAUGCAUAAUAUGACGCGAUCUGUAAAUAUAUUGGCUGAAUCGAAGCGAAGUAAUAAUGCUUCUGGCAAAUGUCAACAGUGUCAGGAC